AUGACUUCCGGAGUCUCCCCGUCUAGCUCCCCACGCCUCCCCAGCCCGCCCCCAUUCACAGAAGUCCAGAUCGGUCCUCAGUCGCCUUCAGUUGGCGAGGCCUUUGGUAAAGAUGGGGAGCAGUUUCUAGGAGCUGCCGCUGGAGAAGAUGAUGGCUCAACACGCAGAAUUCGUCCGGGAACCAAAGCGGCUGACAUGGCCUUUGGACCGCCGCUGAUCCCGUUAUCGCAGCUUGACUCCCCUUUCCAGCUUCAGGAACACCUGAAAGCUUUGUACCAUCAUUUCACUAAACCCGAAGGAUCUGAUACCGUCAUCCCGAUUACUCGCGAGGUCGCAAUCCAGCUCGCUGAUCCCCCGGAGGGCGUCGACCGAUCGCUAUGGCUUUACGAGUUAUGCCGUUUCUUAACUAUGAAAGUCAACAAUCUGAUCAUCGCUUUCUUCGCCGAGGACCCUCCCUGCUCUGCGCAGACCUGUCCCGAAAUGCGCGCAUCGGAAUGGCAGUAUCUCUGCGCCGUGCACGAUCCUCCUAAAUCAUGCUGUGCUAUUGAUUACUGCUGCCACACCCUAGACUGGGCGAACAACACCCUCACCUCGCCGAAAUACUUCCCCAGCCGUCUCACUUUAGGCUCCGAGGCGGGCGGCGGCCCCCAGGCUAGCAUGAGACACCUGACUAACGUCUUCCGUCGGCUGUAUCGGAUUUUCGCACACGCUUGGUUCCAACAUCGCGAUGUUUUUUGGGAAGUCGAAGGCCAUGAUGGACUGUACGUUUUCUUUAAGACUGUCUGCGACAUGUUCCAACUCAUUCCGGAGGACAACUAUACCAUUCCGCCCGAAGCACAAGGCCUGGACGCAAUCCAGCCCAGAUUUGAGGAGCAGCCUGACAGCAAACGAUUGACUAUUCUUCGCAAGGAGAAUGAUGGACCGAUUUCCAAUGAGAUAGAUAACCUGGAUCCGUCGAUCAGCACAGGUGCCACUACUCGACGACACAAACACAGUCCGUCUACUGGGUCGCGCGUCACAACGAUCACCGAGAGCUCGGAAGAUCCGGAAGAGUUCCCUCAGGUACAAGCUCCUCUGCGCGAAGUGUUGAAGGAGUCGCCCGAGCCACGCCCUCCUUCCGCUGUAGAGAAGCGCCCCGAGGCUGAAAGCACUGCCCCAGACGCUCCAGAAGGAACUUCGGAGCCGACCGAGUCAACUCCAGAGGCCGAAGAAGCCAUUGGGGAGCCGGUCGAAGAACCGGUCGAGGACGAGGAAACAGUAGAGUCCUUGCCGGAGCCUAAAGAGAAAACAGAAGAACCAGCACAGGAAGGAGAGGCUAAGCCUGAAGAGCCCACGUCUACCGCAGAGCCCCUGGAGGGUGGGGAUGUGGCUACAUCUUCCGUUGAUCAGGAAACCAAUGCAAAGGAACCUGAGUCCGAACCCCAACCUGAAGCUGAAGAAGCUGAAUCUCAAAUUGAGCCCUCAGCCCCAGUGCCAGAAACCGAGGCCGAGCCUGAGUCGAAGACCGAGGAAUCUUAG